AGCUUGAUUGGCAUUCGGGCCCUGGGCGUCGAGGAUUAGCCCGAGUUUCGCCAAUCCAGAGGCAGGGGUGGGUCGGUGCAGGCGCAGAGCUUUGGGUUUGGCGGACCCGAUUUAAAGGAACAGAAGCUGUCCGGGUCCAAGAAGACGGUCCCCAAGACCCUCCCCCAAGUCCUCGGGACCAUUUGGGUCCCCAAAGCUGGGGAGAUGGUUUGUGGUGGAUUUGCCUGUUCCAAGAAUGCGCUGUGCGCGCUCAACGUGGUCUACAUGCUGGUAGGCUUGUUGCUUGUUGGAGUGGCAGCGUGGGCCACUAGCCUGGGCCUGGUGUCCAGCAUCCGUAUCAUCGGUGGAGUCAUAGCUGUGGGAGUCUUCCUUCUUCUCAUCGCAGUGGCUGGACUGGUGGGUGCAGUUAACCACCACCAAGUGCUGUUGUUCUUUUACAUGAUCAUCCUUGGUUUGGUCUUCAUUUUCCAGUUUGGAAUCUCUUGUUCCUGUCUGGCUAUUAGCCGAAGCAAACAGACAGAUGUCAUCAAUGCUUCUUGGCGGGUCAUGAGCAAUAAAACCCGGCAUGAAUUGGAAAGAAAUUUUGAUUGUUGCGGCUUAUUCAACCUCACAACCCUGAAUCAAGAUCUUACUUCUUGUGCUGCUAUCUGCACUAAGUGGAACACCUGUCAGUUGUGUGGAGAAAAACUGCUCAAACAUUCAGACGAAGCCCUAAAAAUCCUGGGCGGUGUUGGACUCUUCUUUAGCUUUACAGAGAUCCUUGGUGUUUGGCUAGCGAUGAGAUUCCGGAAUCAGAAAGACCCACGAGCUAACCCCAGUGCCUUUCUAUGACACUGGAUUCCUCUGGCACAGCUCCUGCUCUCCCUAAGCUUUUUCUUCUGCCCUGAGGGAAAACCUAGGGUCUACCAAGCCCUUUUAUCUGAGAAAAAGGGAAGGCCCUUCCCCAUAUCUCCUAAUGAUGACUGAGUGGCUAGGCUUUAUGCCUUGACAUGUUUUAGUGGGAGCAAGAAAAAUGUCUUCCCUCUCUCCCUGAAUGGAUUUGGGAUAUUCCUGGGAGUGCAUGAGAUGGGAUAGAGGUUCGAGUCAUUCCUGGCUCGGUUUUCCCCCUUUUUUCCAUUCCAUAUGCUGGACCACAUCCACAUAGCUUGGCCUGGCUUCAACGGUCAAUCAGAGCCAAGAAGAAGUCUACCAAGAACUCUUCCUCAUAAUACGCUGGACUCAGUUUGGGGAAAUUCAGUAAUAAAAGCCAUUUAACUCUCUAUUCAAAGAAACAACUUAAGUGGUUUCCUUAUGAAGGCCCCCUAGUUUUAAAAAGAGGAGUAAGAUUCUGCAGUUUCAUCUUCUAAGUGGUUUUUCCAAACAUUUGAUAACAAAGUCAAUCAAAAGAAGAAACACAGAGGAGAAAUAAACAAAAGACCAUA